AUGUCACACCUUCUGUACUCACCUUCAAAGGUACAUACAGAUGAUGGUCAGCAGGGUGCUAGCAUCUUCAACACUACGCAAUCAGCUGUAUCUUUGAUGCCCAUGAUACAGCCUGGAUCACUUAUCCAUCUGCAACAACAUGACACACAGCCUGCUGCGUCUUUCAAAUGUUUACCAGUGCUGGUUGGAUAA